AUGACAUUAAAGUGUGUCCACCAGUCAUGUGGAAAGAUUUAUAUCGAUGUUAAUGAACCAUGUUAUUAUCAUCCAGGACCACCUAUUUUUCACGAGGGACUAAAGGGUUGGAAAUGCUGUAAGCGUCGUGUCUUGACCUUUGACGAGUUCAUGUCAAUCGCUCCCUGCACUACGGGCACACACUCCACCACCGAUCACACCCCAGCAAUUGAGAAGAAACAAAGCAAACACGAAGAAAAUUGCACCUCAGCCGCAAAAAUAUCUACAACGACUCGCCCACGAGCCCCAGUGCCUUCAGCACCUCAAUCCAUAACCGUCCUGCCGCCCCAGGCAUCACCAGAAUCUGAGGACGAUGAUCCCUCUGCGAAUAUUCCUCCUAAUAAAAUUUGUCGACGGAGAGCCUGUGGUAAACAAUAUACUGGUGAAAGAAAAGAAGACGAAAACUGUAUCUUUCAUCCUGGGGUACCAGUAUUCCACGAAGGGAGCAAGGGUUACACCUGCUGCAAACGGCGGGUACUUGAGUUUGACCAAUUUCUCAACUUACAGGGCUGUCAGGCCAAAAAACAACAUUUAUUUAUCGGUAGUGGUAAGGUCAAGGGAACAAAUUCCAACGGUGAAGAAGCUGUGGAAUCUGUAAGGCAUGAUUUCUAUCAGACGAGUGGAGCUGUGAUUGCUUCGUUUUUUCUCAAGAAAAUAGAGAAAACGAAAUCCCACGUUAAAUUUAACUCAAAUGAGCUUUUCCUCGAUCUUAUUACCACGGACUCGACACCUAAACGGUACAUAGCAACAAUCCCUCUCUUCGGUACUAUCAAUCCCACCGAAUCUACCUUUAAGGUCAUGGGUACAAAGCUUGAGGUUAAUUUCAUAAAAGCCGAUCAUUUAUCAUGGCCCGUCCUCAGGAGUGACGACCGUCUUGUCGGGGAGGUUAUACAAAUUGGUAAGGCUGGAAGGGCGUAG